GUGGCUUAAGCUAGCAACAACCCCCCCGGUCCCCCAACCCCGGGAACUUUAGCGGUAGACAAGCCGAGCCAAGGCUGGGUUUGAGUCCGAGUCUGACGACAACAUCUUCUAACAAACCAUCGCAAGUUUCGAACUAUUAUACAACUUUCACCGACCGACACGAUAGACACGGCACGACACGGCACGGCGCGUUCUUCCUCUCUCCCCUCCACACGACCGAUACUCACCAAACGAACUAUCGAUAACCAACCAUUCACCACCUCUUAUACGAUUACACUCUCCUUCCUCCUUUCCAUCCUGCCGUCGUAAGCCGCAUCCGCAACCGCAUCCGCAUCCAUAUCCUUAUCCUUAUCCUCUAUCCGCCAUCCGCAACCGCUUCACGAUGCCGACCGCGGGGCUCAAGACCAUCAUCGCGCUGUCCUUCGUGCUGGCCAUCGGCUUCCUGCUGGUGAUCCUGUCCUGCGCGCUGUACAAGGUCUACUACCCGCUCCUCGUCGUCGCCACCUACGUCCUGGCCCCCGUCCCCAACUGGGUCGCCGCCCGCUGCGCCAACCCGGACGACUUCGUCGAGAGCGCCGGCAACGGCGUGCUCGACCUCGGCCGCUUCUGCACCGGCUUCUUCGUCGUCAUGGGCAUAGCUCUCCCCGCUCUCCUCGCGCACUCGGCUCUCAUCGGCAUCCCCGCCAUGGUCAUGUCCAUCAUCGGCGGGCUGCUGAUCUACGGCACCAUCAUCUCGUUCGGCAUGUUCUUCCAGGAGGAGCAGGAGUUUUAAAAAAACAAAUGCGCGCCCUGUCCCUGUCCCUCCCUCCACCCCUCGAAAAAAAAGUACCUAGUAAUGGAUGACAUAAGAUAAGCGCCAACAACACUGCGGGAACGCGCUUGUAAGGAGAAAAGUAGAGACGGGGAGAGCAAACGAGAGGGAAGGGCCGAAGUUUGCAUGAAAUAUUGUUGUGGUUGUUGUUGGUUGUUGCUGUUGUUGUAAUUAUACCUAAAGGCGUACCAUGCGAAAUUCAACGGAGUGGGAGUGAAAGGAAUGGACUAACUACCGGGUUGUUGGUAUAGGCUGUCAUCUUUCAGGGGCAUCGUUAUUAAGAUAUUUUCGAG